AUGGCGGAGCAUGAGCUAAAAAAUAUCACCAUUGAUAACCCUCCCGCUCAGUAUCCGAAUAGCUCCUCUGUCGACCCCUCUUCUCAACCUUCUCAGCCCACAUUAUCAAAAAUAAAGAAGUGGUUGUCUUCUCCAUAUUUUUGGUGUUUUCUUAUCAGCUUCUUUGUUAAAGCUCUUAUUGUUGGCUUAUUACUCGGCCUGUAUUACAAGCACGUUAACCCCCUAUUCCAGAUUGACGAUGUUCAUGUCAAGAUCUCGCCUAUUAAAUAUCCUGAUUAUGAAAUCACAUUAAAAGCCAGAAACAAAAAUCGUGUAUCGACCUUAGAUUUUGACGAAGAAGGUGAUGCUUCUCUUUUUUCGGGCUCAAAAGAGAUUGCUAGAGGAAAAUACCCGAAAUUUGAAGAACACCCUGGGAACUCUCAUGAUGUUACAAUGAUCCUCCAUGGCUCAACCGCAUUGCCUGUUAUCCAGUCAAGCCUGAACCUUGUGGACGUCAGAGAAAAUGUUCCGCUAUUUUUGUCUAUAGAUGCUCCUAUGAAAGUGAAGAUCGGGGCCUUAAAGGUUAAGAGCAAGAACAUUAAGAUUAAAUGUAGUCUUACAUUACAGAAUUUGGAUAGUGAUGCAACGAUUCUGCGUCAGAAUUGUGUCAGCGAGGGCUAA